CUUCAUAUAUCUCCGACAUGGCCAGAGACUAAGGCGGGGAGAGUACUGGCAGCCAGCCGGCAAGCCACCUCUCUCUUUUUUAUUACCUUAGACUCCAGGAUGGUCGACUUUGCCUGACGGAAUUGUACAGCCCUUUCCUGGAGAAACUCCUAUAGAUGUUCCAGUAGGUGUUUAAGUAGUUGCCUGAGUGUAAGACCAAAGGGCCAGAUUUUAGGGUCUUAGAGAGUGGGGUGAAAGGGCAAAGCAGCAGAAGAAGCCCUGCCCUGAGGGAGCAUGGGAUACAAAGGUACCCAAACGGGGCUCACCUGCUUUUAAGACCCUUGUAUGGGAAGAAAACAAACAGGAAAAAAGGCCAUCAGAGACCGUUGGGGUACAUUUAGGCAAGGUUAAGGUCCCUCUCCCCACCGUCCCAACCAGAUCCAACCCUCAGCCUCCAGACCUAGUACUGUGAGGGCCUCCUGCCACACCAGCAAGAUCCAACUUCAACUAGAAACAGCCCAGCCUGGACACUGUAGAAAAGCAUAGCGGUUACUCAUUGUCUAACUCAAUUCAGGUCCGCCAGAUUCUGGUAACUUUUGGGUGACCCUGAUGAAGACAAAGCCAGGACAGGUCUUUGUAUGUCAGAGCCCUGGACUCCUGUCAGCUGGUCAGGCAGGCUGCCUGCCUAGGACUCUGCCCACCUCGGAGGCCACAUUGCCCACACUCAUUUUUCCUUAUUUUGCACCCCAGUAGGAGAAUUCACUCUUCUUUGAACUAUGCCCAUUCUGGGGGCUGUUUCAGGCGAUGGUGAGUGAGGAGGAUACGGGAGGUUAGCAAAGUCAGUGGAAGACAAAAGCUAAGAUUACCUGCCAGAAAUUGGGGUCCUGGGGAUAGAAUCAGAACUAUAUUAACAUCUGUCAGGGACUCUCAAACGUGGCAUGGCAAGUCACUUGACUACACGUAUGUUAUUUAGUUAAAUUUGUGAAAAUUAUGAGAUGCUCACCAACCCGGUGAUAAACAUGCUCUCUUCCUAUUGGCUGGCUUGGUCACAUGGCCGCCCAACUUUAUUCAGUUGACAGCAAGUAGGAGGGCCCAAUGGAAGGAGAAAAAAGACAACACGAGAAAAAUUAGUAUUUUCUACCUUCUGAAAUUAAUGGCCAUGAGUUCGUAUAUGGUGAACUCUAAGUACGUGGACCCCAAGUUUCCUCCGUGCGAGGAAUAUUUGCAGGGUGGCUACCUAGGCGAGCAGGGAACCGACUACUACGGCAGCGGUGCACAGGGCGCCGACUUCCAGCCCUCGGGGCUCUACCCACGGCCCGACUUCGGUGAGCAACCCUUCGGAGGCGGUGGGCCCGGGCCUGGCUCAGCGCUCCCCGCGCGGGGUCACGGACAGGAGCCGAGCGGCCCGGGAAGUCACUACGGUGCCCCGGGAGAGCCGUGCCCAGCGCCCCCGCCUGCGCCCCUGCCUGGCGCUCGGGCCUGCAGCCAGCCCACCGGCCCCAAGCAGCCGCCCCCCGGGACAGCACUCAAGCAGCCCGCUGUGGUCUACCCUUGGAUGAAGAAGGUGCACGUGAAUUCGGUGAACCCCAACUACACCGGCGGAGAGCCCAAGCGUUCCCGGACGGCCUACACCAGACAGCAAGUCCUAGAACUGGAAAAGGAAUUUCAUUUUAACAGGUAUCUGACCAGGCGCCGUCGGAUUGAAAUCGCUCACACCCUGUGUCUGUCUGAGCGCCAGAUCAAGAUCUGGUUCCAGAAUCGGAGGAUGAAGUGGAAAAAAGACCACAAACUGCCCAACACCAAGGGCAGGUCUUCUUCCUCAUCUUCCUGCUCCUCUUCAGCUGCCCCGGGCCAGCAUUUGCAGCCAAUGGCCAAGGACCACCAUACGGACCUGACGACCUUAUAGAAGUGGGGACCCUGGGCCCAUCCCUUCUUGCACUCCAGGUUGAGGCGAAGCUGCGGGUGCAGGCGGGGCCUGCUGUCACCUCACUGGGCUCUAAGGUACUGUGGGGGUGGACCUGGGACCUGCAGGCCGCCCUCGGACUAGGUUACCUUCCUGCCCGAGGGCAGCCCCCUCCCUAA